AGCCUUCAGACAUGAACCGCUAAAAGUGCUGAAGAAGUACUAAAGUUACAGUUAUCGAUAAAAAAAAUUAUUAUUUAAGAUUAUUACCGAGUCCCUGGAGUUUACCACCAUUAUAUUUUCGAAAAGAAAAGAAUGAAUUCAAGGUAGAGUCAAUUCUUAAAAACAUCUCUGAGCAUAUACACCUGUGUAUAUGAAAAUGAAUGCUUAAAGGAGGACACAUGCAGUUGUUGUUACUACAAAGGGAAUAGACAUGGAUUCAUGGGACUAUAGCCAAGGAAUCCCAGUGCUGGAUGUACAGGAAAAGCCAUGGAGGAAAGCUGGUGCUGACAUCUCAGAUUACUUUAACUAUGGUUUUGAUGAGCAAAGCUGGAACGCCUACUGUAAGAAACAGGCAAAGCUCUUUGUAGCUAAUAGAAAACUCUACACUAAAACCAGGGUCCAGAAGGGGCACACUACACAUGGAGAAACACAGCCUCCUGCUUAUUCCUCCUCAUGCAUACUGGCCUCCAGAGAGUCAAGUGCCACCACUGAUCUGACCGGAGGACGACCUGGACCCAGCAGCAGAGUGGAAGGGCACAGUUGUGUCAGUGAUGAAGGAAACAAUACUCAGGUGGUUACUGAGAUGUUCCCCAAGGGUUUAAUUACUUAUCAUCUGAACCCUGAACUCAGUUUCAAUUCUCUCUUGGCAUGGACCACUCCACCACGACGUCCUCCUCUCUCCCCCGUGGCCUCUUUGGACAGUCGACACGCUAAAGAGUUUGAUGAUCCCUCAUCUUCACUCGACCCGCGUUCAUCAGGUGUAUCAUCUUUAAUCCCAGCGAGUCUCGUCUACAGCGCUGGGGUGAUGAACACUGCCAAAGCCUGGGAAUGUGUGGCAAGGUGUGACACAGACAGAGACAGAUCCAGAGAGCAGGGCCGUGAUAGAGACAGGAAAAGAGACAGCGAGAGCUGUUCCUCUUCACACAACAGUAGAGAGGAUCAAAUGAGGCACAGGGACACUAUGGAGCGAGGGCACAAACACCAGAGUCUUAAAAGAGUGAGGGGAGAAGGACAGCUCACAGAGAGGAGGCAGAAAAACAAAGGAUGCAGCAGCAGCAGCAGGAGUGGGAGGGAGGAUGGUGAGGAGAGGGAGCGUCAGAGCGGACACAAACACAAAAAGACCAAAAGAAAUAAGAAGGACGAGGAGACCGACAAGAUGUCCUCAGCUGACCCAGAGAGGAAAUUAAAAUCCGUCUGACUUUUAGUCUCCCAAUCUAUCUGCUGAGAGACAACGCCCUGUGGCACGCUGUGGGACACUGUGUUAGAAAAUGAACUGCAUUACAGAAUGUAUUUAAUCCAUUAGAGACGCUAAAGAUAAUUAUAUGUUGUGUAC